AUGAGUGUGACCACUUCUGACGAGGAUUAUGCUGAAUUACCACAUCAUGGUGAUCCUUCUCCAGUUGAAGACUUCAUCCCUGAGGCUUCAUUCGGUGUGGCCAGUAUUGGAAAGGCUUCGAGCUUAGAGGAUGCAGCCAAAUCUAGCUUUUCUUAUUCUUCACGGUCGAUGGACUCAUCUGCUCGUAUAGAGAGUCUGAAGACAUACAAUGUGAUGGAAAAGAAAAGUGCUGUUCCGCAAGAACAACACUAUAAAUCUUCUUUACGUUCCAUGAGUAACCUUCCACACCAGCAAUCCUUGAAAGAGUCCUACAUCAGUGCUUCAUCCCUUCCAACACAUGAGGAUCUUUACGAAAGGCGACGGCAUCGACUUUCUAAUCAUCAAUGCAAUCUUCUCAUAAAGGCUACACAUGACAGCAAGGAAUCAAAUCAAAAGCAUGUUUUCUCACACACACAAGAUUCGCAGUGUGGCCAAAAGACUAAAGAAAACACUGCGGCUGUUAGAAAUCAGACCACACUAGAAACAAAUCCCGCUGAAAACACAGAAUUCUUGGAAAUAGGGGAAGAUGCACUUUUAAAGCGAAUGAGGAGAAAAGAAAAGGAGUUUGAUACAAAGAUUAAGGAAAUUAAUCAGACCUUUUCUAGCGCAGGGCGCCAGCUAGUUUUACGAGAUGACCUUAUAGAAGAGCUCCAUCGUGAAAUUUUAGAGCUUCGCGGGCAACUAGACGACCGCAAUGUAGACAAACAACAAUCUAGAGAAGGUGAAAGGCGUUUGAUGGAGAGCAUCCAAAACAACACACAUAAGCUUCAGAUGGCGCAGUCGCACUCCAAGCUCGAGAAGGAGCGUCUUCACACUGAAUUAGAUGAGUACAAGUCUCGUUGUGCUGUGCAGCAAGCACAGAUUGAACAACUUCGUGAAGAGCUCGAUGAAAGCCAUAGGGCAGCUCGCGAGUCUAAACAACAUCACACCAGGGAAAUUGAUAAACUCCGUAAGCAUUUUCACAAGCAGCUAUCUGAGAUUAGUGCACAAUAUAACAAGAUGGAUCGAGAGCAUGCAUAUUUGCAGGAAAAUGUCCAACAGGCAGAAAAAACCCAAAGACAUGCACAAGCAAAGGUGCUGCAGGCACAGUUCGAGCUUCGACAACAAAGAGACCAAGGGGGGGAGACGGUGAAAUCACUGCUACAGGAGAGGGAUAUAUUGCAGGAAAAAGCAGAUGUGGCUCACCUGAGCAUAGCACGCCUCCUAAGCGUAUUGAGUUGCGUGCCAGAUAUGCAGAACUACUUGACGUGGAACGAAAUUAACAGCGAGUUUGUUUUUCUUGCCUAUCCCAUACGAUACUUCCCCGUGAACAAUAAGAAUCUUCGACAAACAAUGAGAGACACCGCGCUAGAAAAUAACCGAAUUCAUCGUCGACACGAUGCCGUCGAUAAAGGCGACGAUGAUUAUGUAAGGGGCUAUGAUGUGAAUACUGGACAACCCUUGAAUAUUGAAACCAACCCUCAGACGGGCAUUGAGGAUGGUAUCUACGCUGGGAGUACUUCUUUUCAGAAAACCAAAAACAUUUGGCUAAACGGCCAGUGGAUCAAAAAACUUCAGGAGAUCAUUGAUUCAGAAAAUAUCUUUACAAGACUUAAAAGAAUUAAACUCAUGGAAAUGGAAGAGGCGGCCAAGCUGUGCAAUCAGCUUCCAACGGCCCAGGAUGUUUUGCAAUGCCGACGACAAGAAAGAGACUAUUGGGUACCAUACGAAGUAUUUAUUGAAGCUCAGCAAUUCAAAAACAAGUACUGUCCUCGUGUUCCCGCACUUUCCCAUUUUUAUCCGUUUUUGAUGAAGCUAAACACAAUUUGGAGUCGAAAACUUCAAGAGCGGCUUCGUGUCCUUCGAAAAGAGCUGCAGGUGGCACAGCAACAGGUCGCGCUGCAACUAAAGAAUAAACAACAGUCCCCGAAUAGUCUGUCGACAAUGCCGAUAUCUCAGCGUUAUAGCCACAAUACUUUGUACAAUGAUGGAACUGGUACAGGUUUAUUGGUAGACACCCUAGACGAAGAAGGACGCAGCUCGCGCCUUAGGAAUGGUCGCUGUCACCGCAGCAGCAGGUCCCCACGGCAAGUGCAUCGCGGCACGUUUCUUUUGGGUGCCUCACGUAAUUUUAACAACCUCUUCAACGAGCACAGUCGACUGCGUCGCGAAGUCCGGCUUCACAUCACAAGUCAACGAAGCCUGUCCCUCUUUCGAUAUUAUGACCAGCUUGUUAAACUUGCCAUGAAUAAUAUUCUGCAUUUGGUACAACUGUGUGAGCAAAAAGGUAAAGAGGACUCGUCCAGGGGCGAGCGGCGUGCAUAUGUCGACAACACCUUAUAUGAAUCCACUGAUUCUGACGAGCAUAGCGUGGACGACGUUCCAGCGCUUCCCACACCGCCGCGUGAACGACGGGAGCACCGCUCCAAACAUGGUAAGUAUGAAGAAAUGGUUAACAGCCCCGGGCGUCCAGGGAUGACGGAGGAGCUGGAGCCAGGAAACCGCACGGCAAUCCCUGAUGCAAGUAGUAUCAUUACUUUAAAACGGGAGGCUAUGAAGAAAAAAGUAGUGAUUGGGUUGCUGACCUGCACGGUGCAAGGUACCUGCAAGCGUGUUGAUGAUAUAAUGCAGACUCUCUUCACACGCACAAUAGCAUGCUGUGUGGACUUGGAGAAGCUAAUGCGUAUGGUUCAGUACAAAUUCAUACCCAAGUUGUAUAUCAAAGAGAGUAGAGGUGAGGAAGAAGCUACAGAAACGCAGCAACGGAAAAUAACUGCCCACAAUAGAAUUGUGUCCGAAUCUGAUAAAAAAGCGACGGACAUAUUGUCUUCCAACACAAGCCUUUCGCGUUCCUCAAGCAGGUUGCGCGAGGCUCCUGAAGCGACAUCAGUUCAUACAGGAGCUAUGCACAGUCCUGCGUCACAGGGCUUGUCAGUACAGGAUAUUCAACAAGACGUCUCUAGCAUCCUGCGCUCUCGAUACAUCCAAAAGCCAGUUGCUACCUAUCCAGACAAAAAGCAUGGGCAACUAAAUGAAGAGGGUACAAACUUACAGAACUAUGAACGCGCUAGACCACAAAGUGGAGGGCCACGAGGAGUCGAGGCACUCUCUCAAGUGGUGGCGAGCGUGCUUGAUUUUACUUCUGAGGUGAAAGUUGAAGUACAGAAUGCGAACAACGCACUGGAAACGGUACUGAACCAAGCUAUAUCUGAAUCUGGGGUCUAUCAACAUAAAGGAUGA